GCGGUGCUGGCUCAGAGCCGCGGGGCCAGCCUGACACGGCCAGGCCGGGACACCUACCAUGGUCCCCGGAGACAACACCGGGGCGCAACCAGUGCACCCCCAACAACCGCAGCCACCAUCGGCGCCGCCAGCGCCUCCCCGGCCCGCGGAGCCACCCUUGCGCCCCGUGCGUCCCGCACCCAAGGCGCGUCCCGUAAGCUCACAUCACUCCGCAGUCAAGGGGCGUCACGGACAGUCGGUGGCCUCGGUAAGAUUAGCGCGGUCCUCAAAGGCGCGCACCGGGUCCCGGGCGCCCUCUUUGCACCAUCCUUCCGCGCCCUCGAAGGAGGAUAUCAAAAAGCGUGCGGAGGAACGGGCCAAAGUCCCGGACAGAUACAGGGACAGCCUCAAGCGCUUUUUCUUCUCGCCCACCGGAGUAUUGAAGAUCCUGAGGCUGGGUCUUGAAAUAGGAGAAUUAGCUUGUUUCAUCAUCGCCCAAGCCCAUGAGUCGUAUAUAGCAAUCACAGUUCUGGAAAUCUGCAUCGUCAUUUUUUUUAUUCUAAUAUAUAUGGUAACCCUUCACCACUUGCUGACUUGUUUACAUUGGCCCUUACUUGAUCUUAUCAACAGUUUCAUUACAGCUGUAUUCCUUUUGAUAGUUGCCAUCUUGGCGAUGCAAGAAAGGAAAAGAAGGCAUUUAUUCUUUAUUGGAGGGUCCCUGUGUCUCGCAGCAACAAUCGUGUGUCUGCUCGAUGCGUUCGUGGUCACCAAGACGAUGAGGACGAACGUGAAAAGGUUCCUGGCAGUCAGAUUCAAGACCACUCGUCCCCCGGAGGACGCGUCCUUCCGGGCGCACCAGCAGAUGCACGUGUCUCUGCCCCCUGACAUCCACGAGGCCCGCCAAUGAGCGGGAUGCUGUCACCAUU